UGGCGGGGCGCCUCCUGACGCUCCGGGGGCUCUCCCACAGGUGGGCCCACAAGCCAGGGCCCCGCGGCUUCGCUGAACGCCAAGAACCGCACCCCCGGGGCCUCCACGGCGCCCGCAUUUACGUUCCGGGUCGAGGGGCGGAGCCGCCGUGGCGGCGCUCCACUUCCGGGGCGGGCCGGGGCGGCCGGCGGGGCGGGGCGCGCUGUCUCCCGGCCUGUCUGGAGCUCCGCGGCUGCAGUGGCGGCAGUGGCGGCAGUGGCGGCGCGCGGGGCAGGCACUGGCCCGGGGAGCGGCACCAUGAGCGGAUCACAGAACAAUGACGUGAAAAGACAAUUUCUGCUGGAGCGACUGCUGGACGCAGUGAAACAGUGCCAGAUCCGCUUUGGAGGGAGAAAGGAGAUUGCCUCGGAUUCUGACAGCAGGGUAACUUGCCUGUGUGCCCAGUUUGAGGCCGUCCUGCAGCAUGGCUUGAAGAGGAGUCGAGGCUUAGCACUGACUGCGGCUGCUCUCAAACAGGCAGCGGGCUUUACCAACAAAACCGAAACAGAGCCGGUGUUCUGGUUCUAUGUGAAAGAGGUCCUCAACAAGCACGAGUUGCAGCGCUUCUGCUCCCUGCACCACAUCACCUCCGACGUGGGCCGUGGCCGGGCCUGGCUGCGCUGCGCCCUCAACGAACACUCACUGGAGCGCUACCUGCACAUGCUCCUGGCCGACCGUGGCAGGCUCAGCACUUUUUAUGAAGACUGGUCUUUUGUGAUGGAUGAAGAAAGGUCUAGCAUGCUUCCUACCAUGGCAGCUGGUUUGAACUCUAUACUCUUUGCGAUUAACAUUGACAACAAGGACUUAAAUGGUCAGAGUAAGUUUGCUCCUACUGUCUCAGACCUCCUAAAAGAGUCAACGCAGAAUGUGACCUCCUUGCUGAAGGAAUCCACGCAAGGAGUGAGCAGCCUUUUUAGGGAGAUCACGGCCUCCUCUGCAGUCUCUAGCCUCAUCAGACCUGAGCAGGAGACCGACCCUCUGCCUGUCGUGUUUAAGCAUGUCACUGCCGAUGCCAGAUGUAAAAAGGAGCGGAAGAAGAAAAAGAAGGUGACCAACAUCAUCUCAUUUGAUGAUGAGGAAGAUGAGCAGAACUCUGGGGAGGUUUUCAAAAAGAUUCCUGGGGCAGGGGAGAGCUCGGAGGAGAACUCUGACCGCUCCUUGGUCAAUAUCAUGUCAGCCUUUGAAAGCCCCUUUGGGCCAAAUUCCAACGGAAGUCAGAGCAGCAACUCAUGGAAAAUUGAUACUCUGUCUCUGAACGGGGAGUUUGGGUACCAGAAGCUCGAUGUGAAAAGCAUCGAUGACGAGGACGUGGACGAAAACGAGGACGAUGUGUACGGGCACAUGUCGGGCAGGAAGUGUGCGGGCCACUCGGAGUCCCCUGAGAAGCCACUGGAUGGGCCCACCUGCCUCUCCGAGAUACACACCUGGGCUCCACUGCAGGUGCUCCAUGGCGACAUUGACGUCCUCUUUCCAGUCAGCGCAGUGGGCUCCUAUGGCCCUGCAGAUGCCCGCCUCGGAAGCCUGGAGAACGGGACAGAGCUGGAGGACCACGUUCUCCCAGAGACAGGCUCUCGGUACACUGUGGAAGCCAGUCCUCCAGACCAAGGAAGCCCUCUGAGCAGCCUGUUGCCUUCUUCCUCGGUGCCAGAGUCAAUGACAAUUAAUGAGCUGCGACAAGCCAUUGUGGCCAUGAUGAACAGGAAAGAUGAGCUGGAAGAAGAGAACAGAUCACUGCGGAGCCUGCUUGACGGGGAGAUGGAGCACUCAGCUGCACUCCGGCAGGAGGUGGACACCUUGAAAAGGAAGGUGGCUGAGCAGGAGGAGCGGCACAUCAUGAAGGUCCAGGCGUUGGCAAGAGAGAACGAGGUGCUCAAAGUCCAACUGAAGAAAUAUGUAGGAGCUGUCCAGAUGCUGAAAAGAGAAGGUCAAACAACUGAAGUUGUUCCAAAUCUGUGGAAUGUUGAUGGAGAAGUUACAGUCACUGAGCAGAAGCUGGGAGAAGGUGCAGAGGAACUAGCAAGCUCCUACGAAAGAAAACUCGUUGAGGUAGCAGAGAUGCACGGCGAGCUGAUCGAGUUCAACGAGCGCCUGCACAGGGCCCUGGUGGCCAAGGAAGCACUCGUGUCCCAGAUGAGGCAGGAGCUCAUUGACCUCCGGGGGCCGGUGCCCGGAGAUUUGAGUCAAACAUCCGAAGACCAGAGUUUGUCGGAUUUUGAAAUAUCAAACCGGGCGCUGAUCAACGUCUGGAUCCCAUCAGUGUUUCUCCGGGGCAAAGCAGCCAGUGCCUUCCACGUGUAUCAGGUCUACAUCCGGAUAAAAGAUGAUGAAUGGAAUGUCUAUAGGCGGUACACAGAGUUCAGGAGUUUGCACCACAAAUUACAGAACAAAUACCCUCAAGUGAGGUCUUACAACUUCCCACCCAAAAAGGCCAUUGGAAACAAGGAUGCCAAGUUUGUAGAGGAGCGGAGGAAGCAGCUCCAGAACUACCUGCGCCACGUCAUGAACAAAGUCAUCCAGGUGGUUCCCGAGUUUGCCGCCAGCCCGAAGAAGGAGACCCUGGUGCAGCUGGUGCCCUUCUUUGUGGACAUCACCCCUCCUGGAGAACCACUGAACAAGAACAGCCAGCCCAGAGCAGCUCCCCGCUUCCCCAAGCUGUCCCGAGGUCACCCCAGGGAGACGCGCAACGUGGAGCCCCAGAGCGGCGACCUCUGACCUUAACAGGAUCCCAGACUCGGGCCCUAUGUGCUGUGCCAGCUGCCUUCACCCUGGCCACUCUGCGUCUGACCUGGCCAUGGCAGGUGGACCCUUACACCUUUGAGUGACAACCAGGUCCACCUGGUGAACCCUGGUGGGCACACCCUUCCUGCUGGUCAUGUGACACGCCGAUUAGACUGGUCAGCCUCGGAGGGCAAGGUGGCUCCUCCCUGGACAGACUCGGACGCACAGGCACUGCUCCCCCAGGGUCUGCCUGGGCGGCAAGGGCAUCUGUUCCCCUUCCUCCAGGCCAGGGGCCAGCAGGGGGGCGGCCGCCAGGUGGGCUCAGAGCCCCCCAGCUGAGCGGCACUCUCUAAUGUUUCAUUUGGCCAUAAGGGCCAUUCAGAAACAACUGCUUCACUCUUUCCCUGUGGGACUUAGAAUGACUGUUAAGUUUUUUUUCUUUUUAAUAAAAUUGCCUGCUUCAGCCCAUGGACAUGUGGGCUUGGGGGAUGGGGUCUUGUUCCUCUCUGUUCUACUCUCUGCUGGUAGCCAUUAGACACCCUAGUAUCCUGCAGUGGCCAACGUGGCAUUACUGCUCCAGGAGACAUGCCAGAGGCCUCCUUGCAGAGGCACCAUCGUGAUGCUGAACUGUGGGUCUCGGAGCACGUCCCCCUAUGUAGCUCAGGAUAGGAAACCUGAGGCUCUCUAGGCCCAUGUGUACCUUGUCAGACUUGGUGGGACCUCAACCAUCAGCAGCAACCCCACAUGGGAGCCCUGCACUGUCCAGGAAUCCGGGAACUACUGCAGAAGGUUCUGGAGGCACUCUGGCUUUCUGACCCAGCUCCAGGGCUCAGAGGAGCUCAGUGUGGCACUCUGUGAACUUGGACAGGAUCCACUCUGAACAGGUCAUGAUUGUCCCCUAAAGACACAUUCACGAUGCAUCCCCUGGCCCCCACAUGCUCAGUGGGAGCAGGCCCAUGAGCAGGCGGGGACAGCAGCCACCCCAGGUUCCCACUUCAACACUCCCACAUCAGAUCGCCUUGCAAAACCAGAGCCAGUUGGCCAGUUUCAACAUCCAGAAUCAUGGAUUUGUCUCCACUCUGGGCAGAGCUGUCCUCAGCUGCUGACUACAGUCAUGAGGGCUCACAUUUUCUGGGGAGAAUAUUAAGAAACUAGAUAGAAGUGUGUAAAACAGACCAUGUGAGAGCCAGUUUGACCUACGGGUGAAAGACGGCCAGUGGGGGACUGUGUGCUGCUUGGACCUGUGUCAACUCACUGGCUGAAAACGUGGUAAGCAACCUGGGAGAGCACUGGGCAUUUCCUAGAUAGUGGAAACUAUGGAAAGAAGCACCUGGAAGGUUUAUACUGUCUGCUCCCCCAGCAACCAGAAAGAAACUUACUCCGAGCACUUAAGUGAAACUGCGAGCAUUUACACACAGCCCUUCAGAGAAAUGGAGGAGGCCUGAGCAACUGAGGGGACGGUGGGCCCAGCGAGCCAUGCCCAGUGAGCAAAACGAGCCUGCUGCUCUCUGCGGGUGGAAGCAGGUGUACAUGUGGCUGGGGGUGUGCCGUCAGCUCAGGGUGUAGAGGACCUGAGAGACGCCGUGUCCUAGAAGUGCAACGUGGCUUCUCUCUUGUUGCCACAGUGUCUGCCACACACAUGCUUUGUUUGCAUGCCAAGCCCCACGGUACAACCAGGCUGCUUUGAACAUGGAGCCCCCUGAGAAGAAAUAAUCAGGGGCUGUCUAGACCCUCAGGCUUCACAGCUCCUGCCCUCUGAGUUUGGUCUACUCCACAUCCGUCGUUCUGAAGUCAGUCCCUGAUGCCAGCUGCCAGCCAGUCCCAGCACUGCCCGUCUGACCACGGAGCCUGCACCCGCGACUUGUUCUGUUUGUAAUAGACGCUGAAUGGAACACCCAUCCUGAGUGUGGAUCUAACCUUGCCUUCUCCAGACACCCCACCAGGAACCUGCUUUCACAUUCUGCACAUACAGUUAAAAAAACAAAGGGAAAUAAAGGUGCCCAGGGCUACAAUGGACAUAUGCUAAGCCAUGGGAAGCAGUUACACACUCAGCCUGUAAUGAAAAAGGAGAGACUUUGCCUGCCCAGUUCUCAAAGCUUUAAUUAAUCAUUUAGAACAUGCCCUGCUCUCCCAAAAGGUGAGCAGUAAGGGCAUGCCCCUAGAGACCACUGGCUCGCCUACGACCCUGUGGAAACCCUGGAAGCAUGUGCAUGUCAACAGACACACGAGCUCAGAUACACACAUGACAUGCACAAUACAGCAGCUCCCCAAAGCCUUAACUUUGGAAUCACAUGGAAUGUCCUGCAAUGAUUUAGUCCAUCUAGCUGCUCAGAAUACUGCCCUGCUCUCCAGCGCGGGGGGAUGCACCACAAGACGGUGGACUUCUGGUUGCUAGAGAAAGGGAAUCAAACGCCCCAGCCCAGGCUGAGAGGUGGUGCACAAAAUGUCACCCGGGGAAUGUCAUUGUGCCCUUCCGCCAGAUCCAGUUCAGAGGACUGGCUGUCCUUCUCCCUCCAAAACAUGUACUGAGCCCCUCGCAACCCAUCGGAGGGAAAGCCAGCCCUGCAGAAGAACCAAUUCAAUUUGCUUCUGCCUCCUGAUCCCACAAGAAGAUUCUGUGGGGCCUCCUAAGUGGGCACUGAGAAAGGAAGCCCUCCCUGAGGGCUCUGCAGAGAGAGACCAAAGAGGCCUGCCUCCCCAGAGGGCCUCAGUCCUCAAGGGCCACACCUGGGAGGAUGGUCCAUUCUGGGCCUUCUCCAUGAAGACAGCUGCCUCCUUCUUGACUGCUUUAGCAGGGAUGGGGCCAAUCCCAUCCUCAGCACGGCCGUCUCUGCCGUCAUCUCAUUUCUCCCUUCUUUGCCCCCAGAGGAAAUAAAACCCAGGAAGAGUAGGGCUGAGCAGAGGUGUGUCCUUUAAAGAGCAAAGUUCACGGGAAGGGAGGUCCCAGGCCGCUGGAAGCCUAGCCCAGAAGCAACCUCGGCCCCGGGAGUGGGCCUACUCGGCCACGCCCCCGCCAGUCACCCUGAAAGUCUGGUGUAGUCCGCAGGCUCCAGCUCCUGAGAAUCAUCCCCAGGCACACGCCGCUCCCGCCAUGGCGGCAAUCAUAGCACAGCGCGGUGCUCCGAACAGCCCUGCCUCACUCUGCAGCCAGGCACAUGCAGACACCCUGGUUGCAGAGGCCAGCCGCUGAUUGAGCUGUAAAGACACGAUACCAUCUCAGAAGGCCUAGCAGGAGGCAAGGGUUUGUGGAUAAGGUCUAAUUACAGCUCUUGGCUCUGCACUCCAGCUGAGAGUUUAUCACAAUGGCUGAAAUUUUACAACAGUGGCAAGUUGUGUUGUGCCUUAAAAGACAGGAGUCCAAGCUGUUAUUACAUCCACAGGAUUGAUAACCCAACAGUUAUCAAUCCUAAUGCCAGAAGGCAACAGGCCCCGGGGGCAGAAAAUCGAAGCCCAAGGUUAGGAGAUAGCAAGGCCCGUCUCCGUGCCCGGGCAUCAGGAGCAGCACUGCUGAGUCCCCAGCACCCAGGACCAGGGCUCUGUGGCCUCCUCGGGACAGUGUGGCCACCUGAGCCCCCAGCUCACAGCUCCAGGCCUCGGCCUCCCCCAGGUUUGCUCGCCUUCACACGGGUGCCACCCGGAGACACCAGCUCACCCCUUGCGUGGAGGCCAGGCUCUGUCCUCCGGGGUCCCAGCAGGCACCCUCCUGACCCAUCGCCACCAGGAUCCUUCCUUCACUCUUCAGCCGGCUCGUCUGGACAAGCCCCAGCCCCGCACACGGUGAGGCGCUCCACCCCAAGGGCACCUGGCCUCCCACGUAACUGAAGGCAGAGCGCAGGCUGGAUUUUCGGCCUGGGGCUGGGGAAGCGCAUGGCCACGGACCUGCCUGAGAAGGACUGUGCCAAGAGCCGCCAGCCCCUGCCCAGGGCUGCUGGACUGGCCAGGGGGCACCCUGGACAGGGCACACAUCAGGCUCAAGUUCCAGCCCCAGAGGCACUAGCUGGCAGUGUUUCCUCGGCGUCUAACUGGGAGACAGUGCCACACAUGCCGGGUCCUCUCCCUGGCCUGCAGUCAGGGCCUUGACAGGCAGCCAUCUGCUCACAAGCAAGGUCUUUGGCAACGAUCAUUUUCCAAAAUACUGUGCAUUGUUUCAUUAAAGCUAACAUUAAAUAUUUGCUGUUC